AUGGAAUUUGAGAUAGCAUUUGCCGAGCGCUAUGCGUGGGAACGUCACAAUAUCAUUAAGACCCUGACAGGAACCUGGUUGUACGGUAUCGCAGUGAUGUUUCCUCCGAUGGUGACAUGGGGAUCAUUCAAUUUUGAAUCAGGCGAUACAGUGUGUGCUCCGAAUUGGCAGGAAGAAUCCUCGGCCGGACGCAUCUAUAUGGUUCUAUUAAUCCUUUUAGUGUUCGUAAUUCCUCUAGGUUUUUCCGCGGCCUACUUUGGUAAAAUAUACAACAAGUUAUUGCAAGAUAGAGGGGAUGACGGAAUGUCAUUGAGAGCAAGGGAGAAGGCGAGGAAAGCGGUCGUUAUAAUUUGGAUUGGCGUGGCAAUCUUCAUGGUCAGCUGGAUGCCCUACUGUGUAUGCGCCAUGAUGGCUUUGUUUGGAGGCUCGAAGAUGUUUAAUCCGGAGAUUUCGUUUAUUCCUGGCGUUGUCGCUAAAGCCAGUGCUGUGUUCAACCCCUUAUUCUGCUUGCUAGCAAGCACACGGUAAGAAGGGUAAGAAUCGUGGGACUUGCAAAAUUAAUAUCGAUAAAUAUUCUUUUUGUAUCAUUACACAAUUUGUUUGCUCCGUCUCUCUUUAUCUUUAAAUCUUUAGUUACUUGUUGCUAACUUCAUUACUCACCAGCAAAUUUAGGAUGAUUCUAUUUGCUAUUAAUUAAAGUGUCUAUUUGCGAUAAUAUCACGAAUUGCACUGAAUCGAAUGAAUCCUCAUGAUCAAAACUCUCUCUUCAUCUGUAUCUCAUUAUCUAAAAAAAACCGCUUAUCUCUCACCAACCCUCUUCUUUUUUCGGGUAUUAAUCUUGGUUUUAUUUCCUAUUAUUGAACGUCAUAGUUCAAUUAUGAUACACUUUCUAAUAAAUGUAACAGUUUCAAUUGAUCGUAACUAUAAAGACGUAUUUUUUUGUCUGUGAUUCGGCGUUUGGUAACUGCGGAAGGAGUUUACGGUAGAUCACCAUAUCCACUUUACACUUAUUUUUCCCUUUCUCGCAGAUUUCGAAACGUCGCUCUAAAGCUUAUCUGUAUGUGUCGUAAGAUAGAAGAAGAUGAGGAAGACGAAGAGGAGAUUGAUGAUUUGUCACAAGGAAGACAGUUGCGUCCCUCCGCUCUGAUGCAGCGUAGCCUGCAAGAGGAACUGAGCCGUAUACGACGCAUGCGCCGCUAUCAGCAGACUCGGGCAGAAGCGCGGCGCCUACGAAUAAACGGGCCUUAUAUCUCAGUAGAUAUCCCAGCAGAAAAUCUGGAAACGUCAGUUUAG